ACGAAAGGGCACAGGAGGCCAGCCCGCCCCUUUUCUACCGGAGGUCGCGUUCCUGGGCUGCUCCCUUCGUGCUCUCGGGCGGAGCCUUCCGUGAGCACCGUCGGAUUUGUCUGUGCCACCGUCUCUCUUCUGGGUCUCAAUAAAGUUUUCCUCUUCCUUCUCUUGUACGGAGCUCAAGAUGGCGGCCUCCUGGCCGCCCUUGGUUACCCUGCGGUUAGUGCGGAGCCGGUUGAGGGGGAGAUGUGUUGGGUGCGGAGCCUGGGCCGCCGCUCUAACCCCUCCGGCCACCGCCCCUGGGAGCCCCUUUUGGAAAGCCUAUACAGUUCAGAUACCCGAGAGUAUGUCUCCAUCUGUGGCCACAGAAACUUAUGUGAAAGCUUUGGAUUUUUGCCAUGGACCUCUGGACCACUAUGACUUUCUGAUCAAAAAUCAUGAGAUAAAGGAGGAUGCACAUCAAAGAAGAGUCAUACAGUGUUUGCAGAAGUUACACGAGGACCUUAAAGGAUACAGUAUAGAGGCAGAAGGCAUUUUUUCAAAGCUUUUUUCAAGGAGCAAACCUCCAAAGGGCCUCUAUGUUUAUGGAGAUGUUGGUACAGGGAAAACAAUGGUGAUGGACAUGUUUUAUACUUAUGUGGAAAUGAAGAGGAAAAAACGGGUUCAUUUUCAUGGUUUCAUGCUAGAUGUUCACAAAAGAAUACACCGCCUUAAACAGAGUUUGCCAAAAAGGAAACCAGGAUUCAUGGCUAAAUCAUAUGAUCCAAUAGCUCCUAUAGCUGAAGAAAUCAGCGAAGAAGCAUGUCUCUUAUGUUUCGAUGAAUUUCAGGUCACUGACAUUGCUGAUGCCAUGAUUCUGAAACAGCUUUUUGAAAAUCUGUUCAAAAAUGGGGUCGUCGUUGUGGCAACAUCCAACAGGCCACCAGAAGAUCUCUAUAAAAAUGGACUACAAAGAGCUAACUUUGUACCAUUCAUAGCUGUCCUGAAGGAGUACUGCAAUACGGUCCAGCUGGACUCCGGGAUAGAUUACCGGAAAAGGGUGCUUCCUGCUGCAGGAAAGCUCUACUAUCUCACAAGUGAAGCUGAUGUGGAGGCUGUCAUGGAUAAGUUGUUUGAUGAGCUGGCUCAGAAACAAAAUGAUUUAACUAGACCAAGGAUUCUAAAAGUGCAAGGCAGAGAGCUGUGGCUGAAUAAAGCCUGUGGAACCAUUGCCGACUGCACAUUUGAAGAGCUGUGUGAAAGACCGCUUGGAGCCAGUGACUAUUUGGAACUAUCAAAGAAUUUUGAUACAGUAAUUUUGCGAAACAUUCCCCAAUUUACACUGUCAAAAAGGAGUCAAGCUCGAAGAUUCAUAACUCUCAUUGAUACCCUCUAUGAUUUCAAGGUGCGCAUAAUUUGCUCUGCAUCGGCUCCUUUAUCAGGCUUAUUUCUGCAUCAGCCUCAUGACAGUGAGUUGGAGCAAAACAGAAUAAUGAUGGAUGAUUUGGGGCUGAGCCAGGACUCAGCAGGUCUCUCCAUGUUUACCGGAGAAGAGGAAAUCUUUGCAUUUCAGCGCACAAUUUCCCGACUGACAGAAAUGCAGACUGAACAGUACUGGAAUGAAGGCGACAGAAGCGCGCUGUAACCGCCACUUAAGCAUGAAUGAAACACUGGACAGAUGAUUCCCACAGGGAGAGCGUCUCUUUAUUAUGAGACUUGAAGAAAUCAUUUUCUCAUCAUUAAUUAUGCACUUUGUCCUCUGGACCACUUAUAUCUAAAAUUGCUAUCAAAGAUGUAGUGGAUUAGUAAGUUAAAGCCAUUUCUAUAAGUCUACUUUGUGCCUAUUUAUUUGGCCUUCCUUCUGCACCACAAAAAUAAAACCAGCACUGCUGAGGUUAAGGUAGGACCAGACUUUUGGCUCCAUAGGAAGCCAUCUGAGUGAACCUUGAGUACACACACGCGGUAAAGGCAGGGUGUCUAGACACGUCCAAGCUUUGGCUGUGUGGCAGCCGCACAAUAGAAACACAUCUUGUGUGAGAGGAGGAAAAACCCUACGUUUCAACUGAAAGCAAAGAAAGCAUUCUGAUCUUACUAUAAACUACAGGGAAUAAUACUUUGGAAUAUGGGCUUCCAUAUGUGAUUGGGGCGGGGGGGGGCCUUACUAAAUCUCCCAGGUCUUCAGGUUUUCUCACAGCAGAGAAUCUAUUUUUUACCCUGAGGUCAAGCUUGGCAGGCAGGAUGUGACCUGCAGUGGACACAGAGUUGUCUGAAGAGAUUGAGGAUUAUGACACCAUGGGAUAAGGCGCAAGGAUGUCAAAUUCUAACCAACAGGCAGGUUCCCCAACUCUGUAGAGGACGGAUACCAGGAAUGGGGACCUGUGAGAGUAUCCAGAGGGGCCGAGUCCUGGACACACCAAGCAGCAGAGUGGUCUCCUGCCCACCUGAGGCCAGCUGGACCCGAAGGACAGCGCUCCUCCCACUGCUCAUGCGCAUUGGCUCUGGUUGCAGAACGCCACUCCCCACCCCUGCCUCUGCUUCUACUGCAAGAGGGGCCUGAUGGAAAUAGGAAAGAACGCUUGACGAAUCUACUUAAAUAAAACCCGAUUUAUCCUGCA